AACGUCGAAUUUUUCUAUAUCUCCCUUCUCUCUCUCUAUUUCUUAUAAUCAAAGUCUUUGGAGCUUUCUCUUCUCUCCACCUGUAGGGUAGUUGGUUGUGAGCAUUGGGCAGUGAGUAGUUUCUUCUCUUGUUUCUCUCUCUCUUCAAUCUGCAUGGUUUCUUCCAUGGCGGGUCUCAGACACCAGCUGGGUCUGUUCCUGGUGGUGGGUAUGGUGGUGAUGAGGUGUGCGUGGGGGAGGUUCGUGGUGGAGAAGAACAGCAUCAGUGUUCUGGCUCCCCUUGAUAUGCGUUCAAAGCAUGAUGGGGCGAUUGGGAACUUUGGUAUUCCUGAAUAUGGAGGAUCCAUGGUGGGGUCUGUUGUUUAUCCUCAAAAGGGCUCUUUUGGGUGUGUGCCUUUUGAGGGUGACAAGCCCUUCAAGUCUCGCUCCUCUCCCACCACUAUUCUUCUUCUUGACCGUGGAGAGUGCUACUUUGCCUUGAAGGCAUGGAAUGCUCAACAGGCAGGAGCUGCAGCAGUUCUAGUGGCUGAUAGCAUAGAUGAGCCUCUCAUAACCAUGGAUUCUCCAGAGGAGAGCACUGAUUCAGAUGGCUAUGUGGAGAAGCUUAGGAUCCCAUCAGCCUUAAUAGACCGAGCUUUUGGUGAAAAUUUGAAGCAGGCCUUGAAGAAAGGUCAAGAUGUUUUGGUAAAAUUAGACUGGACAGAGUCAAUGCCCCACCCAGAUGAGAGGGUUGAGUAUGAGCUCUGGACUAACAGCAAUGAUGAGUGUGGGACUCGUUGUGAUGAGCAGAUGAACUUUGUGCAGAACUUCAAGGGCCACGCCCAGAUUCUCGAGAAGCUGGGCUACACUCAAUUCACACCACAUUAUAUAACUUGGUACUGUCCUCAAGCUUUUGUCCUUAGCAACCAAUGCAAGUCUCAAUGCAUCAACCAUGGAAGGUACUGUGCACCUGAUCCUGAGCAAAAUUUUGGAGAAGGGUACCAAGGAAAAGAUGUGGUGUUUGAGAACUUGAGACAGCUUUGUGUGCAUAGGGUUGCCAAUGAGAGCAACCGGUCUUGGGUUUGGUGGGACUAUGUCACUGAUUUUCAUAUCAGAUGUUCAAUGAAGGAGAAGAGAUAUAGCAAAGAAUGCGCUGAGGAUGUCAUGAAAUCACUUGAUCUGCCUAUUGACAAGAUCAAAAAAUGCAUGGGCAAUCCUGAAGCUGAUGUGGAUAAUGAGGUAUUGAAAACCGAGCAAGAACUCCAGGUUGGCCGAGGAUCUCGUGGUGAUGUUACCAUCUUGCCAACACUGGUUGUUAAUAACAUCCAAUACCGAGGAAAACUGGAGAGAACUGCUGUGCUGAAGGCCAUUUGCGCUGGAUUUAAGGAGACCACUGAACCUCAAGUAUGUUUAAGUGGAGAUCUUGAGACCAAUGAGUGCCUUGAAAGGCAUGGUGGCUGUUGGCACGAUUCACGUUCUAACAUAACUGCCUGCAAGGACACAUAUCGGGGAAGAGUUUGCAAAUGCCCAGUUGUGGAUGGUGUUCAGUACAGAGGAGAUGGUUACGUCUCUUGUGAAGCUUUCGGGCCUGCAAGGUGCGCGAUGAACAAUGGAGGUUGCUGGUCAGACACCAAAAAUGGAAAAACUUUCUCAGCUUGCUCAGAUUCUGAGGUAACCGGCUGUCAGUGCCCACAUGGCUUCCAAGGAGAUGGCCAUAAAUGUGAAGAUGUUAAUGAAUGCAAGGAACGUCUCGCUUGUCAAUGUGACGGUUGCACUUGUAAGAACACAUGGGGUGGAUAUGACUGCAAGUGUAAGGGCAACCUUCUGUACAUAAUGGAGCAAGAUACUUGUAUUGAAAGAAAUGGUUCUAAAUUCGGAUGGUCCCUCGGCUUCUUGGUCCUAGCUGCUCUGGUGGGUGCUGGUAUAGCUGGUUAUAUAUUCUACAAAUACAGGCUCCGGUCUUACAUGGACUCAGAGAUCAUGGCCAUCAUGUCACAGUACAUGCCUCUUGACAACCACAACAACAACAACGAAGUCCCAACCGAGGCCCAGGCUCUGCGACCAGGCUCAUCAGUAUGAGGAAGCAUUUGCAGAAAAGAAAGUAGAAGCAAAUGGGAUACCGUGAAAGCUUCCACGAGACGAAUGAAGUAUGCUGCCUGUAAAUUUUCAGAUCAAUCUUACAACUCCUGUAUGCAGCUGGAAAUGGCCAAGUUCUUCCUUCUCCCAUACCACCUUAGGACUUUGUGUCAUCCAUAUACACAGAAUUACUUUACAGAAUCCUUCUCCCUCGUGUAGAUAAAUUGUUGAGAUGCAAAUCUAGUGUAGCGAAUAAUAGGGUUUUAUAUGACAAUCCAUACGAACAGACAAAGUGAAAGAAUAAAAAAUAUAUAUAUAAAAUGAGAAGCUGCAUGCAUGCAUGCGCGUCCAAAUCUUCUAGUUUGGAGUCCUUUGGCUGAA